UGCUGCUGAAGCUCCUGAACUUGCACCGUACGACGACUACCAAUACGAAGACGGGUCUCGCUUUGACAUCCUGUCUUCAGACCCGUUUCGCUCAGACCCAUUGCGUGCAGAAUCUCCUAUUCCUGUUCUCGACAUCGAAGAGGCGCCACCGGUCCCGCCGAAAAAUCGCCCGCUACUCAUCAGACCGCCUUCAAGACUCAUUAUCCCGGACGAGUUCAUCGUUGAAGUACAAAGUCCUACGUCGGAGGGCUCAAGGACACCGACUAGUGCGACUGUCGCCGCGAUGAAAUCCGCCUUCAAUCGGAUUACAACAACAGGAAAAUCCAGAAUACGACUACUCAGUUUUAUCAAGGAGGCUAAGUCUCCAAUCCUCGGAGAAAGCCCGAGGGCCUCUCCUCCUCAACUCAAGCUACCAACCUUCAAAACAGAUGAACCACUGUUUGACGCCACGUCCUUCCAGCUCCCUGAGAUACCCAUAGCGAAGAAAAAGAACAUGCGCGUGGAAGGCCCCACAGUUGGUCAUGCUGCACCACCUCCUCGCGUUCCAACUCCGAAAGCUGCUGCACCAGUAUUGGGCACCUUACCCGGCGCAUCGGCUUUACAGUUAGACUUGAAUGGGGACUUUGAAGGAUAUAUGCUACCAUCACCUGCAGAGUCUGUUCACCAACCGUCUCCGCAGGUGAGGGAGGCACCGAAUUGGAUCAAAGAAUUCCGUGCAGAGUUGGAGCAGCUAGCUGGAGAGGCUUUAAAUCUUACUACAUUCCCGGAUAAACUAGUUUUAGAGCUACCCGAGGAGCCAGGACGAAGCCAUAGGCGUACAUUAGUGUUUACAGACGCAGAGUUAGAAGAAUCUACUCCCGAGCUGACCUCCGAUUCUGUAUCAGAUCUAGGAAGACCUGCAAGACCAGCGAAACCUUCACGACCGAUCCCGCCUGUGCCACAGGAGUCGUAUAUUCGAGAACCGAGCGGAGUUUCGGGUUUUACCGACGCCUCUUGGUUCCCUCACCUAAACCGCGAGGCUCGUGCAUCAUACUCCAGCCUUCAAACAAUUAGUACAUUUGACCCAAGUCGGCCCAUUCCUUCAAUCCCUGAUCAGGAUUCGUAUAUCUCUUCGGACGACGAGCAUACCAUUGGCGCAGAGGCCAUCGAGCCCCAACCAUAC